UUUACUCCAAGGAGAUUAUAGCUUCGUUUCGAAAAUGUCCGUAACACCGAGAAUGCUAUUUUUGCAGCUAGUCUGCAUUUUGAUUGUUUCGGUGACGUCGAAUUAUCAGGGACCGUAUCAUUCCUCGUCGGUCACAACGACCAUUAAUUUACCGGCGGGCUAUGUUCACUAUCCGACAGUAAGUUCAGCCUACAAAAUACAUCAGGAUGGACUCAGUUGGAGUAACGCAAAGGAUGCUUGCAUUGCCGAGGGAGGUCGCCUCGCCGUGAUUGACACGCAUGAAAAAGUUGGAUUGGUAAAUGGGAUCAGGGAUCCAAGCUCCAAUGUGUGGGGAGGUAUUGAGAAAAAGUAUGACGACUGGGUUGCUGCCGACACACGUAUCAUACCGUACAUCUGAAUAUAGUUUUGCAAU